AUGAAUCAGAGAAAAUAUGCUCUAGAACUAAUUGCUGAGCUAGGACCUGGAGGAGCUAAACCUGCUAGUGCUCCAUUAGAGCACAAUCAAAAGCUCACCUCUGCAGAAUAUGACAGCUUCAUCAACACUCAAAGCACAGACAAGGACAAUGCAGAUACAGAUCAUCUGCUACCUGAUGCUAGCCAAUAUCAAAGGCUAGUAGGGAGGCUUCUAUAUUUGACAUUGACCAGAGCAGACAUUACCUUUGUUGUUCAGGCCUUUAGCCAGUUCAUGCAUAAGCCCAAGCAAUCUCAUAAGGAAGCUGCACUAAGGGUAGUAAGGUACAUCAAGAAUGCACCUGGUUUAGGACUGCUGAUGCCUUCUGAAAGCUCUGGGAAACUAAGAGCCUACUGUGACUCAGACUGGGGAGGCUGUUUGCAGACUAGAAAGUCUGUUACAGGCUAUCUAGUGAAGUUUGGAAAUGCGUUAGUCUCUUGA